CGCUGUCCGCGCCCCCUGCGGCGUCGAUCCACUCGAUUUGCACAGCAUCUCUCGGUUUUGUCCUAUAGCACCGGACGCCAGCGACCCCGGUCAGUCUCCGCAGGAACCGCCGCGUCCCAUCUGCCUUCCCCUCUCUCUUGCUUCGCCCUAGGCCUUCUCCACUUCGCCCGUGAUCUGCCGCAUAUAUACUGCACUGCCGCUCCGCAGCACGCGCUCUCUUCCCUGCUUUCACCCGCCGCAAUCCUGGGCUAUCGUUCUCCACUCCCCUCCUGCGCAGGCUGCAGAACGAUCUUUCGUGUACCGCCGCCCGUGCCAGUAAUACUGGCCUGAUAACAUAAUCUCUAUCUAUAUAUCUAUGCCAGUGCAUAUCCAGAGCCGUAAUCAUCAGCAAACCUUCCCCUACCGCCCACCGCGUAUACCCUUCGUCUCUCGCCACCACAGGACGUUUUCCAUAGCAUGGCGCACGUCAUGAAGCCUGUCGUAGGAAGACUUCCCGGGCCCUACGCAGACAACACGUACAUUCCGACCACUACUCAUGGCUGGGUCCACGCGAACACCUGGUACGCCAAUGCCCCCUUCAACUCUGCUCCUCCCCCUGCGCCCGCCGGAAUCAACCCACAGACUUGGGCGAGUGGGCAAUGGAAGCCUAAUCCCUACUUUCGACCACCUCCGAACAUGACCCAGCCCAACACCGGGUUCCAGAUGUGGGCGCCGCAUCCUGGCUGGGGCAACAACGUCGCGGCCAGUCAGAACUGGAACCCCUACAAGAGAGUCCCGAACCCGGGCGACGCGUCCUAUUGGGCCACGGAACUCUCUGACAACCCUCUCAAGCUAGAGAAUAUGCACAUCAGGGAUGAUACACCGGCCGAAGAGCGGCACCGCAAGGACUCAUCGAACGGGGUCCCUCAUACGCCAUGGGUGUGGGUCCCAAAGGAGCUCAGCAGCGAUGCAAGCAAGCCUGCAGAUAGCGCCGGUGCGUCAGGUUCUCGCGACGGGCAGAACGGGCAGAGGCAACACGAGCAGAGCCAGAAGGACCUCCCCCAGGCUCCUCAGCCCCAGCGUCGAGAGCAUAUGUAUGACCAUACUAGGUCUAACAGCUUAUCGCGGAACGCGUACGCAUCUCCUCCCACCGCGCAUGAGUCGUCUUCGCAUGGCCGCCCCUACCAUGAUGCCGCCCGCUCAGCGUCUACGCCCCAGGACAGGGCCCCCGCUUCUGCCCCCGCUACUAUCUCGACAUACUCUGCUUAUCACCAGCAACAGCAACAACAGCGGCAACAGCAACAGCAGCCACCGCAGGGGUAUACUGCUACGUCGCAGCAGACAGAAGCAGGUCAGCACCAACGGCAGCACAGUCGUAAUGUCUCCCCACGGGAGUCUUUUGACUCGCAGCCGUACUCUUCUUCGCGAGACUACCGCAACGCUCCAACGUCCGCGGGAGCUACGUCGUCUGCUUCUGCAGCUGCUGCCGCGGCUGCGGCGUAUAGGCAGGCGAGCGCAGAUUACACCGACUCGUCGGGCGCAGCAUCAAGCGAACGCGAGCCAAGGCGUGGCGAGUCCUAUAGCGUGAGGCAGGAGCUCCAUCCCACAUUCUCUCCCAAGAUUGUUCGCACUCCUGAUCACUACUACACGUCGUCGGGCCGACUCGCCAAACACGAAGAUCUAGAGCGCACGCCUCGCCACAGCUCAUCCAACCCCACCCAUGGCCCGAUAUAUGCGCCUGCCACGGCCCCUACGCGGUCCAACAGCCUCAACAAUGGACGCCAGUCGACACCACACCCAAGUUCUGGUCCGACCCCGGACUCAAGCCUUGGACUUGAGCUCAUGCACCUCACUGAUGAGCCCGGUUCUCUCCUGAGUCCUCUCAUCGUCCCCAGCACGCCCCCUGACUCGACUCGUCCCAGCCCUCGCAACGAGGUCGGUCGCAGUCAGACGUAUCCAUCGGUUGCGUUUGACUACGUCCCGGAGGAACGCGAGCGCCCGGUAUACCGCAAGACUCCGCGCGAAUUCCCGCGCUCGAUAUCCCGCGAGCCUAGCGACCGCGAACGCGACCGUGACCGAGAACGCGACCGUGAGCGGCGGCGCGAUUAUAGUCGGUCGAGGGACGUGGACGCGACCCCACAGCCUGGCGCACGGACGCCUCCUGCGCACACGCCCCCCCUCUCGCACUACCCCCGUCCGUCCCCAGAGCACAGGUCCACCGCGACGCCGAUCUCACGGAGCCACACGUAUCCCGCCGUCAUCCCACCGCCGCCAAUAACCCCCCAGCGAUCCCGGUCGCCCGGCCGGUCGCCACGGUACUCGCCCUCUCACGGCCCGUCGCAGUCAUAUUCCUCCUCUUCCCCCUACGGCGCCAACCGUACGUCGCCUAACCCACCGACCACUUCGAUCGCAAACACCUCGUCGCCGCUCCGCCACAACCCGCUCCCCCGUCCCCCUCAGCAGUCCCCUUACGUAGAGCAGCUCGCGCGUGGGGGUGUGUCGUCGUCAGCAUCCGCGGCAGCGGCAGCGGUGGCCGCGCAGCAGCAGAGCACGCCGCGUCGUCAGGUACGCCUGGGGUACUGGAACCGGCGCGGAGACCAUUUGCACGUGAACGAGAAUGGCGAGCGGCGGAUUGUGUACGCGCCGCGGCACCUCGCCAACCCGGAGGACCUGAAGUACUACCCGUCACCGACGGAGGGUUGGCGCGACCACCACGGGAACCAUAUCAGGUACGAUCCAAACGUGCCGGAGCUGCAAGACUCGCUGCCGCUGCACGGGGAGCCGCCUGCGCGUCCGUACCAACACUUUGUGCAAUAUGUCUCGGUCUGAAGGAACUGAACUGUGCGAUGUAUUCUUCCAGCUCGGGUUGCUGUUCCUUGUGGAGCGGACGGACGCAGAAGUUAUAUUUACUUACUUGCUCUCUCUCUCUCUCUCUCUCUCUUUCUCUCCGUCUCUCUCUCUCAGCUCAGCGGCCGCCGCUACGCUCCCUCGGAUCCCUUGCCUCAGUCUGCCACCAAUGUACGAGUCGCGUCACAACGCUUUUUGCAUACACCACACCCACCACUGUAUUUUCUCGAUCCAUGCAUAUGUAUUCUCUCAUCGGUGUUACAUCGCUUCUGCAAUACAUCAUUCAUACAAGG